GCUACUGGGACAAAAAUGAUUGGGCUGUUGAGGAAGUCUUCUCUUUCUUUCUCCUUUGCUAAUCGUGCGUCUACUCGUUUCUUUACCAUGUCUCUUCCGUCACGUAUGAAAUACGUUGCCUAUGAUGAUCAAGGAACGCUGAGCGUAGAAGACGAUGCUCCAACUCCAUCGCCUGGCGCAGGCCAGCUGCUUGUCAAAGUUUCAGCUUCUGGUGUGAAUCGACUGGAUUUGAUGCAGCGAAAGGGAACGUACCCUGUUCCCGCAGGAGAGAGUAAGAUCUUGGGUGUAGAAGUAUCUGGCACCGUCGUAUCAGUUGGAGAAAAUUCCUCCUGUUCGCAGUUUCAGCCUGGAGAUAGAGUCUGUGCACUGGUUGGUGGAGGUGGAUACGCAGAGUAUUGCGUCACACCUGUCGAGACUACGAUCAAACUGAACGACGAGGUUUCGUUCGUCGACGGAGCUGCUAUUCCAGAAGCGUUUCUUACGGCGUAUGGUGGUCUUUAUUUCAGUUGCAAUCUGACACAGGGUGAAUCGGUGAUGAUCCACGCCGCUGGUAGCGGAGUGGGUACUGCUGCCAUUCAAUUGGCUAAAUCCUUAUCUGGUUCAUCUGCCAUUUUCGCCACAGCUGGAUCACAGGAAAAACUCGACUUGUGCACAAAACUCGGUGCCACACACACCAUCAAUUACAAGGAAGCGGAUUUUUCUGAUGCAGUUCUCGCAACAACAGGCAACCGAGGUGUCGAUGUAAUCAUGGACUUUGUCGGCGGAUCCUAUUGGGAGAAAAACCUGCGUAGUAUUGCGCUGGACGGGCGCAUUGUUUCGCUAGGCCUUCUGGGUGGCCCUAAAACUGCGGAGCCUCUGAACAUGGGUACUGUCUUACGCAAGCGUGUUACGCUGACUGGCAGCACGCUACGUAGUCGCUCGCUGCCUUACAAGGCACGGCUGGCGACAGAGUUUCAACAGAACGCCAUGCCCCUCUUUGCUGCUGGCCAGGUCAAGCCCAUCGUUGACAGUGUAUUUAGCAUUGGCGAAGCCACCGCUGCCCAUGACCGGAUGUCAUCCAAUAAGAACAUUGGCAAGAUUAUCCUCACCUUCUAGAGUCGCUCAGGCAAUGAAAGCACUUAGCAGCACAAUAUCCUGCUCUGCAACGUUGUCAUGAAUGAUUCUGCACUGGAAGAGAAUGCUACUGCCUAGUGUAGCGUACCAGUUAAAAGUUGAUACAUACUUGCAGCUCUGCACUCGAGACACCUGACAGGCAUUUGCUACAGAAGCGUAGAACGCAUACAUGUGCAGCACUGUCACAAUUUUAGCUCUGAAGCUGGUCUUCAGAUUGAGUUAUUCACUAUCCAGCUUCCGCUUUAGUUUUAGUAUGUGGAAACUAGUUUGAUACAAUCGUGUGCCUUCCUUUGGUGAAAACGCCUCCGAUGCUGUGAGUUAUUUCACUAUCCAGCUUUCGUUUUAGUUUCAGUAUGUGAAAACGAGUUUGAUACAA